AACGUGGUUGGCAGAAGAUCCAGAGGACCUUAGAGAGACUAAAGGAAAGCGUAAGGGCGGACGAGGAAGCCACUAUGAGAGGUUUUCACUGCCCUGCUCUGCUGCUGUCGGUUCUGCUGCUGUGGGCUGUGUGUAGCGUGUCAGAAGUGCAGGCUGACGUGAAGAUGGUCAAGCUGUGCGGCCGGGAGCUCAUCCGAGCCGUCGUCUACACGCAAGGCGGAUCCAGGUGGAGGAGGUUCAGAAGUCCGCAGGAUAUGGAAGGGUUUUUUAAUGGAGAUCUAAGCAGCGCUGAGGAUCUUAGCGAGAGUCCUGGAUCUGAUCUGGCCAGGCGAGACCUGCAUCAUGAUUGCUGUCAGUUUGGCUGCAAGAAAAGUGACCUCACGAUGCUCUGCUGAGAAACGAACCUGUGUUUUUCUAUUUGUCUCACCAUGUUUUCUUCCACAUCGAGUCCAAAUGAAUACGAACACUUCUCAAGUGUACUCUAAAUGUACAGUCAGUUGUAAUUUAUUUAACAGCUUAAUUUGCCAGUAGAUGAUGCUAAUUUACAUAAAAAGCAUGUCUAAUUUGGGAUUAGAUGAUUCUGCUACACUUGUACUCUAAAUGCACCACGAAAGAGGUUAAAUAUCAAGUCACCGACAGCAGUGAAACUGCAUAAUGUGGUGCUCAGCAGUGAUCGUGCUUUGAAAGUGUU